UCCGCGUCACACUCCAGCAUGACUCCCUCCAACAGGUGGUGGGUCCUGUGCGCCGCGGCGCUCUCCUUCGUGGCCCGCUUCGGGUCCUGCACCGAGCACAGCGCGGUUCAACCCGAGCUCUUCAUCUUCAACGAGCUGUGCGCCCUGAAGGACGACUCGGGGCCCUGCAAGGCCAUCAAGGAGCGCUUCUUCUUCAACGUCAACGCGGGCGUCUGCCAGCUGUUCGAAUACGGAGGCUGCGCCGGGAACGCCAACAACUUCCUGACCAUGGACGAAUGCGAGGAAACGUGCGUGGUCUCAGAUGACAAGAACCCGUGCCACCUAGCCGAAGCUCCCGGUCCCUGCCGCGGGCUGAUGAAGCGAUACUUCUUCGACAGCAGCAGUCAGCGCUGCGUGCACUUCUUCUACGGCGGCUGCUUCGGCAACGCCAACAAUUUCCGGAGCAUGUCGGAGUGCCGGGCCAGAUGCCAGAGCCCAGAAGACCCCACUAAGACACCAGAGCUCCACACCCGCUCUGCCAGAAGAUUCGCUGCUGUACAGCCGACCGUGUUGAACGGCGAAUUGAGUGAACUUGAAGGGACAGAGAAUAACACGAGUCGAGAGCCGAACGCCACGAGCCCCUCUGAGCUGUGCUUCACCCCGGUGAACCGGGGCUCAUGUAAGGGCGCCGAGAAGCGCUUUGCGUUCAACCCGAAGACCAAGAGGUGCCACGCCUUCCUCUACAGCGGCUGCGGCGGGAACGCCAACAACUUCACGGGGCGCAAGGAAUGCAUCGUCAAGUGCAUCCGGAACGGAAAGGCUCACAGGAAGGGCGCCAUCCGGAUAAAGAAGAAGAACAGGAACAUCUUCGCCGGCCGCUCGGCCUGAACUCCGCAUACACACCCCGCACUACCUUGUAUAUGUAUCUGUCGUGUCUCGCUGCACUCGUAUCGCUAUGGUUACGUAGGGCCGAGGAACACUUGUGUAAGUGGCAUUUAGCGUACGUGAUUUAACUUUUGGAUGUAAUCAUCAUCCUGGUCCACGUUAUUAUUUCAAUAUCUCUCAUUGACCGCCCCAAAAAAAUAAUAGUUUUGCGUCUCUCCCCACCGACGCUCUCUUCUAUUGAUGCUUUUGUAUGAACAUUAUAUUCUACAUGUCUUUAAUGUGACCGUGUCAGGGCUCUGGUAUCAGCCCGCUGAACGUUGUACUGUAACAUGGGGGAACACCAGAAGAAAUAUUUUGGUUAAAUACUAAUAACCCUGAGUCGCUCCACGAUGGUGAAUCGAUGUGAACACCAGCGGUAUCAGAUUAAAUUCCCCCAGACGACCUUGUCUCCACGGCUAUGAAUCGAUGUGAACGAGGUGAUGGCGCGGUUUGUUUUUAUCGGAUUAAACAUGAACACCUUUUAUUUCAUUUUCCCUUUUUUAAUCAAUCGUAUGCUCUGCAGUAAUGGACCUCUGAGUUGCGUGUUGUUGGUAAGGAGAACCACAGAGGGGCAGUGUUGUGUAAAGUAAGUAUUGUUGUUGGUAUAAGAGUAUAUAUACAGUUAUUCUAUUUCCUUUUUAUACUUUUAUGAACAUGGCUGUAAAGAAUGUUUAUGGAAUAAACUUUGAUCUUUUUUUCUCUCUC